AUGACGUUGCAAACCCUUCAUGCCCACCAGGUAUAUGCUAAACUAGAAAAAUGUGAGUUUUGGCAGGAAGAAGUGAAAUUUUUGGGGCACACAGUUUCGAAGAAUGGAGUUUCAGUUGAUCCAGCUAAGGUUGAAGCAAUUUUGCAAUGGAAACAGCCGAAGAAUGCAUCUGAGAUUCGAAGUUUCUUAGGUCUAGCAGGGUAUUACGGACGUUUUGUUAAAGGAUUUUCUCGUAUAGCUGCCCCACUGACUCGAUUGACUCGAAAGAAUGCAAUAUUUGUUUGGAGUGGAGCCUGUGAGCGGGCAUUCGCAGAACUAAAAACUCGUCUUACGACGGCACCGAUUCUCACUCUUCCAUCUGGGAGUGAGGGAUUCGUUGUGUAUACAGAUGACUCGCUUAUAGGUUUGGGGUGUGUCCUAAUGCAACAGGGCAAGGUAGUAGCAUAUGCAUCUCGUUAA